UAUGGCUCCUCUUCGAGUGUAUAGACUAUCGCCUCGUCACUUUCAUCUGCCAUUUUCUCAUAUUAUCUUUGUCCACUUCGCUCCUAUGGCAGAAUCUCUCCUGCUUCGUCCACAAGCAAGUUUUCCAUCUCAGCAGUCGAUCAUCGAUCCUUUCUCAUACACCUCUGUCGAUUUCCAACUUGUGUAAUUUGGUGUUUUAUGUACAGGCCAGGCUUCAACUUCCCCGAGGUUAAACUCUCGGAAGAUCUCUGCAACAACUUCGCGCUCCGAUUAACCAAACAAUGCAACAAAGCGAUCCGUACCUUCCGAGAAAUCUCUCUAGGACGCGACGUGCAGAAAUUUCUCCAGAUGAUUCUCGCGUUGUGGAUCGUGUCGAUCUUAGCCAACUGGUUCGACUUCCUGACCAUAGCAUAUAUCCUGUCUGUGAUGAUGUUGACGAUGCCGUUGCUGUAUGAGAAACACGAAGAUCGCGUGGAUUCCUACGCGCUGAAGGCGAAAUCGAAACUCCAGAAACAAUACACCUCCUUCGACGAAAGAGUUCUGCAGAGGCUCCCCAAAGUUCCUUUCCUUAAAGACAACAACAAGGUGCACUACAAGGUGCGCUACUGAAUGAUAUAUAUAUAUAUAUAUAUAUAUAUUCGUAGUUUUAAUUACUUAAUUGUGUUGGAGGUCAGAUUAUGAUGAUACAAAAUCUAUUUUCAUUCUUUAGCUAGUCUUUGUAUUGUAUAAGCACACGACCAUAUUUAUCCCUCAUUUCUUCACUUCCAUUUGAUCUUAUACAACACCACCA